GUCCCAAGGUUUGUACGAGGGGUAACGUCUAAACAUUUCAUAACCUCUCCUUCAGCCUCUUGGUCCCUUUGUUGAAUCGUGGUGUGAGAGAUCAGAUCCCAAGUAGAAUCGAACCUUCAGGGGAACGACAGCAACCAUGGGUGCCAUGCUGCAAAUCCAGAACGCGGCGCCUAGUGCCAGCAAGUUAGCUAUCGAACUGGCAAUUCUAGGUGUUAUCGCCCUGGUCGCCGACUAUGUACGAAUGCUUGUCUUGCGAAGUAAAAUGCCUCCUGGUCCUUUACCAUUGCCGAUCAUAGGAAACACAUUCCAGCUACCCGACGUCAAGCCAUGGAUUUACUUCGAGGAACUAUCCAAACGAUACAAGACUCCCGUCAUCACGUACUGGAUCGGCCGAAGCCCGACCGUCUGGAUCUGCGACGCCUGGGCUGCCUCAGAGAUGUUGGACAAGCGAGCGGCCAUCUACUCAUCCCGACCUCGAAUGGUCGUCUUCGGCGAAUUGAGCAUGGGUCAGUCCAACCUCGUGUCCAUGUACUACGGCGACCGAUGGCGAUUGCAUCGCAAGUUGACCCAUAUGGGCGUCGGCCUGCAGCACGUCCGAAGCUACAGCGGUUUCCAGAACAAUGAGAGCAAAGUCGUGGCGUUGGACCUGGCCAAGGAUCCUGAAGACUAUGUCAUGCAUUUCGAGCGUUAUGCGGCGUCGGUCGUCAGUAUCAUUGGUUUCAACCGCCGGAUUAGCAGCAAGCACGACCCAAUCAUUACCGAUGUCAUUGCCAUCAUGCAGAAAGCAGCUGAGCUGAAUGUGCCGGGAAAGACGUUCCCCAUGCUGAUGGAGACGUUCCCAUGGCUCUCGAAGUUCCCCAACUGGAUGGCUCCAUGGAAACACGGUCUUGGUGGUGGCAAGGGCCGUGGUCGAUCCUUCUACUACGCGCUCGCCGAGGAAGCGGCCAACAAGGAGAAUGCUGGUAAUUGUUACGCGAAGAAGGUCUUCGACGAGGCGCCAAAGUAUGGAUUGUCCGAAAUGGAGAUUGCUUCGUUGAACGGAAACCUCUUCGGUGCUGGUAGCGACACCUCCAGCUCGACACUCAUCACUUUUAUCCUGGCGUGUUGUGCUUUCCCCGAAGUCCUACCUAAGGCUUGGGAAGAGCUCGAUCGAGUUGUCGGCUCACACCGCAGUCCCAGCUUGGACGACGACCUUCCUUACAUUCGUGCAUUUAUGAAGGAAGUCUUCAGGUGGCGAUCAGUUGCCAUUAUUGGAGGUCAACCCCACGCACCUAUCCAGGAUGAUGUGUACAAUGGGUGGUACAUCCCAAAGAACACCUGGGUUCAGGGCAACGUUUGGGCGAUUCACCGAAACGAGAAGGAUUUCCCCGAGCCAGACAGAUUCUGCCCAGAACGAUAUUUCGAGGACCACCCGCUACAUCGCCCAUUCCCUAACGAGAAGGGUUAUAUGACUUUUGGCUGGGGCAGGCGAGUCUGCAGUGGCCAAGGUCUGGCCGAGCAAGGCACGUUCUUGAGUGUGGCAAGAAUCCUGUGGGGUUUCAAUAUCCAGAAAGCUUUGGACAAGAAUGGCAAUGAGAUCCCUGUGGACAUCUUCAAGUACACGAAUGGGUUGAACAUGCGCCCUGAACCUUUCGAAUGCCGCAUCAUACCAAGAAGCCCGGAAAUCAAGGAGACGAUAGACCGGGAAGGCCGUCAAGCGUUGGAAGAGCUGUCGCAGUACGACGGUGACAGCAAGUACCGUAUGAGCACCUUUUAAUGGCAGGAUAAGAUGUAGAUUGAUUGCAGAUUGGGAGUGGUGCUGUCAGUUGCCUAGACAGUUGAACAGGCAUAACCGCGGACAUCGGGCCAGCAAGGC